GGUUGGUAAGGCGUUGACCUGCCAAAUGGAACUUGCCCGAGGUUGUGGGUUCGGUCCCCACCAGGAGCUUUGGGUGUUGUGUGCGUGAAAAAUUAUUAUCGGUCAAUUUUCAUAUUAAAAUGGGUGCAUAUCCGAAUUGAGAUGAGCAUAGUUAAGCGUAAUGAAAAAGAAACUAAAUUUGGUGUUCUUUGAGUAUUAUUGGCCAAGUUUGGGAGGAUCAUACGGCUAUUGGUGGGUGAUCUGACCAACCAAUUUAAGGAGGGGUUACCUUCAAAAUGAGAUUCAACAAUCUGCUUAAAAAAAUUUUACUCCGCAAUAAAAGAACAAAUUUCGGGAACUAUGAGCUAGUUUACCCAAAGGAAAUCUCCCCGAGAAAUCACGUACCCGAUCAUAUACAAAAACCAAGUUACUUUCAAACUGGCAAUCCUUCGGAAAACGUCCCAAUGGUCGAGAUAAAAACCGAUGAACAAAUUAAACGAAUGAAGAAGUCUUGCAUUUUGGCGGCUAAUAUCCUUCAUACAGUGGGAGAGCAUAUAAAAAUUGGCCAAACUACGGACGAAAUUGAUAAACUGGUCCACGAGCUCACAAUUAAAUCUGGCGCCUAUCCCUCACCCUUAAAUUACAAACACUUUCCCAAGUCAGUGUGCACUUCUGUUAACAACGUAGCCUGCCACGGCAUUCCCGACAGUAGACAGCUAGAAGAUGGUGAUGUUGUCAACGUUGAUGUUACAGUGUUUCUUGAAGGAUACCAUGGAGAUUGUUCCAGAACUUUUCUUAUAGGGAAUGUUGAUUAUCAAGGAAAAAAGCUAGUUGAAGCCACCGAAACCUGCUUAAACACUGCUAUCGGUAUAUGCAAAUCCGGAGAAUAUUUUAGAAGUAUCGGGGCCUGCAUCGAAGAAAAAGCCGGCGAUCUUGGUUUUCAAGUUAUACCUGCAUUCAUAGGUCAUGGAAUUGGCGAUUACUUCCACGGGCCUCCGGAUAUUUAUCACAUAAGCAAUGACUAUCCUGGCACUAUGGAAGCCGGUAUGACGUUCACCAUCGAACCUAUACUGACGCAAGGCGAGCAGCUUAUAGAAAUCCUGGACGAUGAUUGGACAGCGGUCACUGCGGAUUCGGCCAGAACGGUCCAAUUCGAACACACCAUACUCGUUACCAGCGGCGGCGCGGAAGUGCUAACGCUACCAAGUUAUAAUCCUCGACAAAUUUUUAAAUAAUUUAUUUUAUACGGGAGUACAAAAGAAAAAUAAAAGAUAUUUUAAUGAUUUUUUUCUUUUAUAUAUAAACGUACUGUGUACAAUUUUUUAAAAUUUCGUGUACAUAUUGCUCCCACUUUACUAUACAGUACCUAUUUACAACUCCGAGUGGGCUCCGGCGAUGAGAAAAUAACCAAAACCGUACGUUUGCUUAAAAAAACAUUGACUUUGUAUAAAAUGGAAUGUUUUAUACUACAAGGGGAAAUGUUUGGUUAUUCUCUCAUUUUGUCUCCUUUUAGUACUAUUUACAAUGAUUAGUUGCACAGAAUGCUGACAUACCUCUAUACAGACUCUAUAAAUAGAAAAAUAUAUAGUUCUUUGUACCUUUCGCUAUGUAGAUUUUAAUGCCGGAGGUCGCGCAAGAAAUCCCGAUACUUUUUCACGAAAAAUUACGUUCAAAUGAUUCAAAUUGAUUGCGUUCUCAUCAACAUAUCUCAAUCAUUUGAGAUUUGGGAAAACUAUGCAUUUUCAUUAAGGAAACAAUCUACAAUAAUAUCCCAUAAUCAAUUAGUGGUCAACUUUGGAUAAAUCAGAAUAACCGGAAUAAACAAAUCAAAAAGUACAUUAUUUAGCAUAAAUUACGUAAAAUUUGUGCAUUUAGAGUCAUAAUGUACUAAAUUAUCAGAGGUGAACAGAAGAAUUAUUUGAUUUGAUUUAAUUGAAUUUUACAAAAAAUAUAAAUUUACAGAAUUUGUCGGGUUCGAAAAGAAUUUUUUCAGAAUUCGCGAAAUGAACAAAUAACAAAAAUUUGUGCAUUUAGAGUCAUAAAUGUACUAAAUUAUCAGAAGUGGAAUAAAAAUUAUUUGAUUUGAUUGAAUUUUACAAAAAAUAUAAAUUUACCACUCUCAAUAUUGAAAUUUGAAAUAGAUUAUUUAUAUUAUAUUUGUCUAUGGUUAAUAGUUUUCGAGAAAGCUGGAUUUUCAAUUUUCAGUACACAAAUUAGGACAAAUCAGAAUAGCGGAAACGAACAAAUCAAGAAGUACAUUAUUUAGCAGUGAGAACGAAUUUAUAACAAAAAAAUACACAAAUAACUGAUAAUUCAGUUUAGGCGACGAAAAAUAUGAUUUGUGUGCUCUAAAAUUUAGCUCAAAACGAUCGCAGUUUAAAAAUACGAAUAGCGGGAAACAAAGCGCCGCCAUCGUUCCUACAUUAUUGAGAAAAAUUGCUUGAUGCGGCGGGGAUAUGUCAACGGCAACUUGUAAUUUUCUCGACUAUUACAACUAAAGACGCGCAUUUAGACUAUUUAAUUAAAAAAAAAGAAAACAAUUACCCUUAGGACACCAGAGCAAGAUAGGUGCCGAAUUACAGUGAGUCACAAAAGUCUACGUACUGCAUAUUUAAAAAAAAAUAUAUUAUAAAGCGUUUCCCUUUUGGAAAAAUUUAAUUUUGCGAAAUGUCGAUGUUCAGGUAGAAUAAUUUUGAAAUGUACUGUAAACGAUAACUCACAAAAAUUAAAAUAUAAAUAUUACACAUUUAAAAUUUAUUCCACUAAAACUUCGUCGCUUUCAGAAUAACGAAUAUUUUAAGAGCGACUUUUGUGAUUCACUGUGUAUCCUUUAGCGCCGUUUUAAUAGUCGAAAAAGCGGCAAAAUUGAAACCAUGUCGCACUUAGAAAUAAUUAAAAAAAAAAAACAAGGACGUACAAAAACACGAAGGGGGAAACAAACGAUACAGUAAAACUCUCGUUUCAACCGACGAAAUAUACAGCGAUAUUCGGAAAGUCGGAACAUUCAUUACCUUACGACGAGAAAAAUAAUAAAAUAUACCUGCACAAAACAACACGUUUAUUCUUACGCGAUAACUAAAACGAAGUAAUCACUUUUGAGGGAGUGUUCCGCAAAAACAACAACGUGGCCGAAGCACUUUGACAGUGAACGCGAUAUCAAGUUUUAAUGGCGACGGGAAACAAAAUUCACCCGAAUGCGGGACGGGACCGAUCGAAAACAUUACAAACCAACAAGUGACGCCAUUUUGGUUGGCAAUUGUCAAACAUUGUCGGUUUUUCAGUGUGCGUUUCUCAAAAUAUCAGAGACCAGAGAUUAAAGGACUUCUACUUCUGUGUUUUGGGUUUUCCACUUUGAGUGGUAGUCGCUAUGUCCCUUAUUUAUACGCUGUAAAUAAAAAUUGUUGGAUUUUUAAACCGUUACGAAACUUCUCAAUUCAAUUUUACCGUCUUAUAUAUAUUCCAUGUUUAAAACAGUUUGGCAACACUGCGUAGCUGCAGGGCUCUCCGGAACGGUGUAAACAAGCCACAUUUUCAUUUUAAUGAUGUAAAUAGUUGCAUGAAAAGGGAAACAAGGCACAGAAUUUUAUUCAGCGACUUUGUAGAAUAAUGCCAUAAAUGCUUUUUUUUUAUCUAUUACCAUUCUAGUUCUAGCCGAUCGAAUUUUGACUCAGAUGAUAGUUUCAAGAACAAAGAUUACGUGGAAACCAGUGCUGAAGAUAGUAAUGGAAAGUAAUGUGGUGAAAAAAAAAAACGUAUCAAUUUUUAGCCGCGUGGUCUGAGGGUAUUUUAAAGUUUUUGAGCCAGUGACGCUUGGUUUGUUUAGAAACACAAUGGCUUACUUUGAGGAAGAACAAGCAAGACUGGCAGAGGAUGAAGGGCAUUUAUUUUUUAAGAAGAUAUCACUGAACUUCAGAUAUCGUACGAUUCCUUCCUUCACUGCUGAGGAUUGAACAGUAUGGAGGAAGCAAAGAAUUUGGUUUACCCAAGAAACUGGUCAGUUAGGAAUGAAUGGAAUAAUGAUGAGGGGAAGCAGGAAACAUUGGGCUCCAAAUACAAAAUAUAACUAUCGGAGACUAAAACCUUGAAAGAGUUAUAGAAUCCAAAUACCUUGAAACAACCAUCAUAAGGGUUGUAACGCCAUUGAAACGUCAUACAUAAUCAUCGAGAGUCCCAAUAAAUUUAUUUCAAAAUAUUCGGAAAAUUAUGCGCGAGAAAGACCAGCCUGAACCAGCCUGGUGAUUUUGCCCUAGUUGAUGACAAAAAAUGGUAUGUACCAAAUUUGGAGGGCAACAUUUAGAAGAACCAUAUGCAUUAAAAAAUUCACUGAGUAUUGCGGAACGGGUAUAGAUCUAUCAGACCCAGCAUGUUUUACCAUUCAGGUGUCAUUCUCAUAUAUUCCAAGAAGGGCAUUAAUAUGGAGAUGGGGGACAAAUGCAAACCGGAAAUUGUAACUUUCUGUAACACAGCAAUCAGUCAAAAGAAACCUUGGUGUACAAUAUGUACAAUUCAGCAAUGAAGAUAUAAAAGACGACAACAAAGAUUAUUUCGAGGACAAAUGAUGUCUCAGAUGAUGAUUGACAUUUUAAUUUUUCUUAGUUUAGGAUAUAAACUGAGAUACAAUGUGAUUUAACGACUUAUAUUAAAUAAUAAAAUUACUCCAAAAUAAUUUGGGCUGGCUUGGAGUAAGUUUUGCGCGUUCGCUAACGUUAGCACUAAUUUAAAAUUCGAGACCCAUUUUCACUAAGCAAUAUAGAAAUGAGGCUAAGGCAUUUUUCAGUUAGUGAUGUUUCGUCAUGUACGAAGUUAUUUUUCAAAGGUUGUCAGGUAGAAAAGGCAGCAAGUCUCACCGUUAAAUUGCAGGAAAUUGUUGUAACGAGAAAAUCGAGUUUUAGACGCAAAACUUUCUAAAGGACAACUCGACUAAACCAUUACCAUUAAAAAGUCUCAACUUUUCGUCAAUUUUGUGCUAACACUUACGCCCUCUAAUAAUAAGGCUGAUUUUGUGGGUUAUAUUUUGAUUUUCAUUAAAAUACUCUUAACUCGUUUCAUAUCUAAUUCUCGUAUUUAUCAAGCAGUAAUUUUUUUUUAUUGAAUGAAAAUACUAAACGAGGGCUUACAAAAAAGUAUUCCCCUUUGCCAUAACUGAAAUAUUACGCCACGAGGUACGUUUUUCCAUAGGCAGAUACCAUCCUAACAUUCUUCGGGUUUUCAGUUUUUUUUUGAGUAUGAAUUAUUUUUUUGAAAAUUUAAGGUACUUGAAAAACUACUUUCCAGUUCAUCAAAACAAAAAUAAAUAGUUGCAUAACCUCACUUUUGCUAGUUAUUGCGUUUACUGGCCAUUAUCAAGUGAAAUUUUCGCUUGCUAAGAAGACGGACUUGUCCACCAUCUAAGAUCAAUUAUGGCGCAAAUUUUUUUUAGGCAACAUAUUCUGCAGCAAAGAUUCUUAAGCCAAAACUAUAUGCCUCAAUUUUACCUUUCCAUCAGUCGAUUAAUUUGUUAUCGGCCACUGUCAAAGUACUUCACAACUGUCGAGGUUCGUUCCGCCUAUGGGGUCCGAAAUGUUUCAAUCGUGAGGGGGCGGAGCCGCGAAAUGACGUCAACAGAUCUUAAGGUAGCAUUGCCGAAACGUAAACGAGUGCAGAGAUCAAGGGGAGGGGGCUGAGCCGUCCCGCACAUACCGCUAAACCCUUUUCGAGGAACUGGCGUAUUCAAAACACUCUCGGCUU